UACACGUUUAAGAGUGCUUUAAAGAGUGGCAUAGCUCACUUCGAUUACUGAUUUAUUUAUAUAGUUAGUCAGUUUGUUUAUUGAAUUCGGUCGCCGAUUCGACGGAAAUCGGUUAACGAGACGGGCGCUUGUAAUUUUUUUUUUAUACGAGUGGCGUCGCGGUCGCGGCCGGUGGCUUGAUGUGGUGAUAUUUAUUUUUGUAUUUUUUUUUUGUUUUUUGGUUUUUUCGGUUUUUUUAUUUCCAUUUACAUCGAUUUGAUUUUGUGAGGAGGUGCAUCGUAACGUGUAGUCGUGGAGUCCAUGUCUCAGGCGGCCAGCUACGGGGAAGGCCCUGUGGACCGUACAGAUUUGCACGGGUUGUUGCCCGAGCUAAAUGGGGUGGAGCUGGCUAUGAGCCUGAGCCCCAAACACCAUCAUCAAGGAGGUCCCCAGGUGCUCAGCCAUCUACAGCAACUGCAUCAUUCCACACCGUUCAGCGUAACUGACAUUCUAAGUCCUAUCGAAGAGUCCUAUAGGAAGUUGGAGCUAGCAGCCAAUCCCCCAUCCCCAUACAGAUCCACAUCAAGCGGAAGCAGCAUAAACUCGCCGGGUGCGGCGGGAACCACAGGCACCAGUUCCGGUUGCAGCAUGAACAGCGGCUACCCCGUGAUGGGUCAGUUCGGCGGCGGACAGUACUGUCCCGUCUCCGAGAACAUCGGCCUCGCACCCCAUUACUCGUCCGGAUGGUACCAGAGUUCGGCGGCCGAUCCGCGAUUCGCAAUUUCAAGGUUGAUGGGCAGUACCGCCGCAACAGCAAAUAUGGGUCACGGUUUGAACACCGGAAUGCCGGGAUUGGGUACAUGUGCGGUACCGGAUUCGAAACCGAUGCAAUUUCCACUGGCACAGCGCAGGAAGCGACGGGUACUUUUCACGCAAGCACAGGUCUACGAAUUGGAAAGGCGGUUCAAACAACAAAAGUACCUAUCAGCGCCUGAAAGAGAACAUUUGGCCUCCUUAAUUCAUCUCACACCAACCCAAGUGAAAAUCUGGUUCCAAAAUCACAGGUACAAGUGCAAGAGACAAGCGAAAGAGAAAGCGAUGGCGGAGCAAAACCAACACAAUCAGUCAUCCUCGUCACCACGAAGAGUAGCCGUCCCCGUGUUGGUGAAAGACGGCAAACCGUGUUCCGGAGGCGGCAACCAGAACCAGACAUCGUCUUCGUCCGCCGCCACGGAUUCGUCACGCGCUCAGCAGUCGCCGGCAUGUCAGCCGCAGCAACAGAGCCAGUGUAUGGCGAAUGGCGGUUUGGCGAUGGCCUACCGCCAACAAGGAAACUACCAGCAGCAGUGCGGCACUUAUUUGCCGUUGCAGACGCGGGCCUGGUAGUGAUUCGAGUGGAUGGGGUGGUAGUGUGAGGGGCUCAAUUGAUGAUUACAGCUUGAUACUAGUGGAAGAUGGUUAAUUCUGGAUUUAUGAUGGUGGAAUGUUGGGCUAAAAAAAAACGUUCUUAAUGUGGUAGUAAAGCAUAUUUAGGUAUUUGUUGGAGCUGUGUCAACAAUGGAUUAAUUUUCAAAAAAUUUUAAUACUUCCAGAAAUAUUUUAUAUACCUACUGAUGCAGUUUUGUAAAUAAACGUGUAAUUUAAUUGCAACCAAAGCUGGCUGAUUUUUGAACGCCAAGAUUUUUUGACUUAAGUAUUUUUGAGACUUGACUUGACACCUUGAUCAUCUUAUUAAAUAAAUAAAAUGAUUAACAAUUUAAAUCAUUUCAAUUUCAGUACAGCUCUGAAAGCAAAAGAAAAUACAAAAUUUUUGCACUAAAUAUUUAUACAAGAAAAAAUAAAACUUGAUUUUUUGUAUAAAAAGUAAAACAAAUUUUCAUUGAAAUUUGUGAUAUGAUUAAUUGUAUUGAAAUAAGAGUCGUUUAGGCUACGAAUACCUGAGUUUAACAUCAAAAAAAAAAAUCAUUAUCAUCCAGUCCCAGAUUUUUAAAAACAAUUUUAAUCAAAAAAAAAAAAAUAAAAGCUCCGCACACACAGUUAGUAGUGAUAUCGUGAAUUGUUAGAUUGUAUAGUUGUAGAUAGUUUUUCAGAAGACUUAUAUGUGUGAUAUGAAUUUAAGUUAUUAGUGUGAAUAUUACGAUGUAUCUGUUCGAAUAUUAGAUUGUUGUUGAUAUUGCAACGUUGAUUUUUGUAAUAUAUUGACAAAAUGUGGUUUUAUAGUAACCGAAUAGAUGAUGUAUGAUCAAACAAGGAAUUUCUCUUUACAUUGUUUUGGAAUUAAUUUAUGUAAAGGACCGACAUUACUUGUACGUGAAAUGAAAUGUGAAAUCUCGAUAAAUCAAACAAAUACAGACCUAGUGUAAACUUUCUAUUUCAAAGCACUUGUGUUUUAUGAAUAAAUUAUCAAUUUAUUGUUACGGUACUUUCACUCCACAAUUAAUUCCUUUUUUGAUUAUAUAAUAAUAAUACAGGGUGUAAUUAUAACCAAUUAUAAAAUGAUGUUCAGUAUAUUAUAGACACUCUUAAAAGAGUUAGAUUUGGAAUUGUAUGUAACUCUAAUGUAAUAAAAAAUAAUUGUGCAAUUUUUAAAAAAUGACAAAUACUUUUAUUUUAAUUAUGUAAUUACAGAAAUUGUUUAGACAGUGUUCUUUACUCAUUUCUGGUGUAUAUUAUUGAUUUUGUUAAUUCAUCUUCUAAAACUGACUUUGAACCGAACAAAUUGACUAUAAUUUGAUUUUCGUUAAUAUCGUAUUUUCUUUAGAUGAAUUUAACAAUACCAAAAUAUAAUGUGUAUUAUAGAGGAGUCAUCCCAUUUGUAAAUAUUAGAUAAUAUUUAUAUAUGUAGUACGUAAGUAAAAGACAAUGUUGUAAAAAGUGAAGCUACACUUGUGUACAGUAUUUCUUUAGAAAAUAAUGCACAGUCAUGUCGUGUAAUGUGUUUUUAAAAUAUCUAAUUGAUUCAA